UAAGAAGAUAUCCUAAUGGCUUAUCCUGUGUAUUUACUGCAGCAACAGAAGAACCUUGAAGGAUAUGUGGGGUUUGCCAACCUCCCAAACCAAGUGUACAGAAAAUCUGUGAAGAGAGGAUUUGAAUUCACGCUUAUGGUAGUAGGUGAAUCUGGACUGGGAAAAUCAACACUCAUCAAUUCUUUGUUUUUAACGGAUUUAUACGCCCCGGAUUACCCUGGCCCCUCACACAGAAUUAAAAAAACGGUUCAGGUUGAACAGUCAAAAGUUCUAAUCAAAGAGGGAGGAGUACAACUGCUUCUCACAAUAGUAGAUACUCCUGGAUUUGGAGAUGCGGUGGAUAAUAGCAACUGUUGGCAACCGGUCAUCGACUAUAUUGACAGUAAAUUUGAAGAUUACCUUAAUGCAGAAUCCCGUGUGAACAGGCGCCAGAUGCCAGACAACCGAGUGCAGUGCUGCUUAUACUUCAUUGCUCCUUCAGGCCACGGAUUGAAGCCGCUGGACAUCGAGUUUAUGAAGCGCUUGCAUGAAAAAGUAAACAUUAUCCCACUUAUUGCCAAAGCUGAUACGCUCACACCAGAAGAAUGCCAGCAGUUUAAAAAACAGAUAAUGAAAGAAAUUCAAGAACACAAAAUCAAGAUCUACGAAUUUCCAGAAACAGAUGAUGAAGAAGAAAAUAAGCUGGUGAAAAAGAUCAAGGAUCGUUUACCCCUUGCUGUGGUUGGUAGUAACACUACCAUAGAAGUCAAUGGCAAGAGAGUAAGAGGAAGACAGUACCCAUGGGGAGUUGCAGAAGUUGAAAAUAGCGAGCAUUGCGAUUUCACUAUUCUACGGAACAUGUUGAUAAGAACUCACAUGCAGGAUCUCAAGGAUGUCACCAAUAACGUACAUUACGAGAACUACAGGAGCAGAAAGUUGGCAGCCGUGACCUAUAAUGGAGUGGACAACAACAAAAACAAGGGACAAUUAACAAAAUUUGACACAGUUGAAGGCAUGAGCCCUCUGGCUCAAAUGGAAGAGGAAAGAAGGGAACAUGUGACCAAGAUGAAGAAAAUGGAGAUGGAAAUGGAGCAAGUCUUUGAAAUGAAGGUUAAAGAAAAGGUUCAGAAACUUAAGGACUCUGAAGCAGAGCUUCAGAGACGUCAUGAACAGAUGAAAAAGAAUCUGGAGGCUCAGCACAAAGAAUUGGAGGAGAAGAGACGUCAGUUUGAGGAGGAGAAAUUAAACUGGGAAACUCAACAGCGUAUACUGGAACAGCAGAACUCUUCCAGAACUUUGGAGAAAAACAAGAAGAAAGGGAAGAUAUUCUAGAAUUGUUUAACCACUGCACUCUUAUCAGUUGCCAACUUGCCAGCCCAGACAUCAGUGUUUGUUGGAGCCAUUCAGCCACUGUUGAAACCAGAUGCAUCCUUAAAUGUUGGAUUAAAUGGCAUGAGCUUUUUUCUUUACUUUUUCCCCCUUUUUAUUUUUUGGUGGAGAUGCCUUGAAUUGUUUGAGGUCUUGCAUACCUGAAGAACUAUACGCUUCAAGUAACUUUCUCCCUUUUCUCCUUCCUCCUUUUUUUUUUUUUUUUUAAACCGAUGUCUUCAUUUUAAAAACAAGAUAAAGCAUUUUACUGUUGUAUAACCAUGAUCUGGUGGCUGGUAGCAGGAAAAUCUACAACACAAGGACUCUGGCUUAUAAUGAAGAGUUAAAAACAUGCCAUAGAUCUGUUGCAUCUUCUCACUAGCGCACAUGUAUUACAAGACUUCCAUACAUACGGUUUAUUGUAAUUUACAUUUUCCCCUAAUUUUGACACUUCCAUUGUUUAAAACUACACAUGGGAACAUAGGCUUACAGUGCACAGAAAAGCGUUUUUUUUUUUGUUUGUUUUUUUAUCAUUUUAAAUUUAGAACCACCCUUUUGUGUUGGGGAAUUCUUUAAGAAAUAUAUACUAUUUCCAUUUAGUAACUUUAGCCAGGAGAAUCUAAUUACUGCUUCCUUUUGUAAUAACAUUUACCUUAGAUAUUUUUUUCCAAAAAUUGGUCCUACUGAAUUAAAAUAUAGCUUUUCUUUACAGUAGGAACCAGUGAGUAAAACUUUUUUUUUUCCAUCUUUUUAAAUCCUUCCCUAAGUUUUGUGGUAAUGCAGCAGGAAUGAUGCAUUUAUAUAGGUCAUUUCUUGGUAAAAUUAACAGCCAGUCUGUUCCUACCCUAUUGUGCAGUCUGUUUUAUGGUUUGGUAGAAACAGAAAUAAUGAUCUUGCAAGGAGAGGAACAUCACAAUUUUGCAUUUAGCUGUAUUCAUAUACUGCAUUUCUGUAUUUUUGUUUGUAUUGUACAAAGUCACAUAAUAAAAAAUGUUGUGAUGUAAUAA